AUGACAUCACUCGUCUCGACCUCUAGUCAGCGAGCUUUCGCUGGGAAGCGGAAUAAGAUGACGGCAGCAGAUGUUCGAAAACAUGUGAUGACGGGCAGUUUGAUGAUGUUGCAUCCUGCGUCAUUUGACAUGACCCUUCCCGACAAUUCGACAUCUCAAACGCUAAGUCUUCUUGAUGUUGCUGAUCCGUGCGACAUCGAGGAAGCUCUUGCCCAACGACGAACAUCGGCACUGUAUGACAUCUCUUCAACAACAGCAAGUCCUAGGAAGGUGAGCGAGUUUCCUGCGGAUGAUGUAGAGGUGCGGAUCGUUCCUCGGGAGUGGGCAACAGUCGACCCACCGGUACCCACAGAAACAAAGGAUUUGAAAAUAGAGCCGUUCGUUCGGGACAUCAUUUCCUCAUUUUCUGACCAAUUCUCAUUAGUGCAAAGAAGGUACCAGCAGUAUGGUUCAGCUGAUGCCUAUGUUCGAAUGUUAAUCGAAAGGCCUAUCAUAGUCCGUUCAACCACACGCCCAAUUUUUGAGACUGACGCUGGUCGAGCAGAACGAAUUGCUAGAAGUGUCAGUGUUGUUGGCGAUCAGGUAGCUUCUCCACGUCAUCAGAUUCCACUUCCUUCACUGUCUUCAUGGGGACUUCCAAAGGACUCGAAAAGGCAGUCGUACGCUUCCACGGCUUCUUCUGGCACCAUGGGCUCUGCAGAAGGAGAUUCUCGUGAAUCUCGAUUACAUCAAAGUCAACCUGAUCCUACGAUUCCUGGGGUGAUUCAACGGUCGAGUUUCUCCCAGCUUGAUCAAUUGAGCGAUGUGCGCCGUCAGACCGGUCGUCACACCAGCCUUGUCAACUUGCUGCCCCUUCAGCCUGAAUCUGCAGUUAUAGAGAAAAGGAGUGCCCCACCGUUUCCUGAGGAAAGAGUUGGCCACAAAUUAAUUGUGAAAGUCAUAAAGCUUACAUUAGAUCCAUUCUUCGAGCCAGUUUUUGGUUCCAUAGCCAUUUACGAUGCCAAAGCACGACGCAAAGUUACUGAGAACUUCUACUUUGACGUAAACCCUGAUGACUUACGACGGCUAGUCGAGCGAAGGCGCUCUUUUGACGAACCUCCUCAACGGUGUAAUCAGGCGGCAUUCAGCCUUUCAUGCCCACUGAGUGAUCUAUUUUUGGUUAUAAAGCUCGAAAAAGUGCUACAAGCAUGUGAAAUAGUGGAUGCGUCAGAACCUUACACUAUUUGCGCAGCCAAAGAUGAGAAAACCCGAGAGAAGUUGUCUGCUGCAGCAGCCGAUUACUGUGAAAGGCUGAGUGCCUUUCGGAUGCCUCUAGGAUUCAUGGUAGUCGAUCUGCAAAAGGUUUUAACGGGUGCGAAUUCACUGGAACGAUCGGACAUGACAAUGUCAACUGUGACGACUACAUCCUCUGCUACAAUUACAGGCGACGUUGCUCCCCCUUUGGCCAGUGUAUCUGGAGAAACGGACAGCAUAGUUAGCGCAGAUCGCGUCUCAAACACUUCGACAUCAACAUUUCGGAGAAUGGGAAGUGGAACUUCAGCGGCUGCAGUGUUGAAUCGCGUGCGUACUCCUCUGCAACGACGCAAGUUUCUUGGUGGAAGUACUGGAGGAAGCGAGGAUUCUAGUACUCCUGAUGUAUCUUCAGUAGGGAAAUCCAUGGAGCUCAACCUAGCAAACUUGCAUCCUAUUACUCUCAAUCUGAACUCAUUUUUUAAACAGGAAGCCGAUCGGUUGAGUGACGAUGAUCUGCUCAAACUCCUGUCAGACGCUCGAAGGCCUGGUGGAAAGCUCAGUCGUCUUAAGACUUUCACCGCUGAUUUGUCAAUACAGCUCUCCGGUGGCACUGGUGAGGAAUUACUUAUGCGCCUUAGUCCGGAAAUGUUGCGUGUAGCCCCCUUCUCCGGGAACGAGUUGACUAAAGAUAUUCAAGAAUUCCCAGCUAAAAGCGUCUACUUGGCGAAUACAAGCUAUCGAAACCUCCUCUACAUCUAUCCGAAGUCGGCUAACCUCACCAAUCGACCUGGGACGGCUCGAAACAUUUCGAUUAAGGUAGAAUUAAUGAAUGGCCAUGAGCAACCAUUAUCGGUCAUGUUCGCACGGAGUGCAGGAUGCGAGAUGACGUCUGAAGUAAGAACGGCUGUUGUGUAUCAUAAUAAAACACCUCAUAUUGCGGAUGAGAUUAAACUUCGCAUUCCUGUAGACUUGGAUGAUGGUCACCACCUAUUAUUUACAUUUUAUCAUAUUUCCUGCAAGGCAAAUAAUAAGGAUGAAGAAGUAGAAUAUCCAAUUGGAUUUAGUUGGUUGCCUCUCUUUCGCGAUGGUCGGCUGUCGACCGGAGACUUCCACUUACCGAUAUGUCUCGACCGUCUUCCAUCAAGCUAUGGAUACCUUUCUCCAGAUGUUGCACUACCAAAUGUACGAUGGCUCGAUGGACAUAAACCUGUAUUCAAUCUAAGCAUUAUAGCCAUCAGCACAGUUCAUCCACAGGACGAGUAUCUGGAGAGAUUCUUCAUCGGUGUGAAUUCGUUGUCUUCUACCGACAGGCGGAAACCACCUGUGAGCGAAAAUGCAUUAAUAUCAGCGGCACAGGGUGUUACAAAAGCGAGACCAGAGCCUAUGGUAGCCUAUUUAUACAAUGUGUUGGACAAAUUAAUUGCUCUUAUUGCUAAUCGUCCAUAUUCAGAAGCUCUUUCUUCUGCUUGCUUCGAAACAAUGGGGCAGUUGGUGAAGAUUUGUACCAUGCUGCUAGACUCAUGUCUGGACAUUCAUGGUCGAAGUGCUCUUCUCACUUCAUACGUCCAUUACUUCAAAAUUGCAAUGAAAGAAUCUAAAGCAAGGUCCCAGCUCUGCAAGGAAAUGGCAGCGGAGAGAAACAAACCAGGAUCGCCCGAAACACAGAAACUUUUUACCAUUAUUGAAGACGUAGAGAAAGCAUCUUCUCAUCAGCAACGUGUCCCAUGUGAAGCUGUUCCAUGCACAUCAAAUAAGGCUGUGCAUGAAGAACUAGCUGAGUUGUGGGUUCGUAGCGGUGGUUGUGCGAGAGAAAUGGCCUUUCUCAAUUCCUGGUUCUUUUUCGAACUUAUGAUCAAGUCGAUGGCAGAAUAUCUCUCUAUGACUGGACGGUUAUACCUCACGAGAAGGUCCAGGUUCAGCGAACGUUUCGUUCGAGCUCUCGAUUCACUAUCGGCAGCAACGAUCGCCGAAGUGAUAAUACGUCUUGUCAAAGAUCCGCGUCAGGCGACGGCAAUAGCAAAUAGUUGGGCGUUUUUUGUGAGAGAUGCAUUCUCACUCAUGGAUCGCAGCUAUGUGAUGGGCCUUGUUCGAGACUUCAACAGAGACAUUUCUGCCAGGAUUGGCUGCGUUGGCGAGCCAUCUGCAACAACACUAAUGUUGCUGAAAUUGGACUUUAUUCGGAUUGUUAGCUCGCAUGAACAUUUUGUUAUUCUCAAUCUUCCUUUUGGUCCUCCACUCAGCAUUCCGACAUCCACUUCUUCUUCAUCUCUUGGGAUGUCAAUUGGAAGUUUGUCAGUGCAGCCGCAGGCUCCCAGUCCGGAGUGUGUUAGCAUAACUAGCAGGUCAACAACAACGACUUUGGAUUCCUGGGGAUCUUUAGGAUCAGGAGAGUUGACGUACGAUUUCCGAAGAUGUCAUUACCUCGUCGGUCUAGCUUUGGCUGAUCUUUCUUCUGUUCUUGAUUCGUCUAGCAGCCCUGUUUUACAUGCUCGUGCCAUUAGCGUCAUUCUCAACCUCUUAUCGACCCACGAAGCUGAUAGUCGUUUAUCGGAUCCGGGUAUUAGAUCUCGAGUUGCAUCGCUCUACUUGCCGCUAGUAACUAUUGUUCUUGAUGUCGCUGACCAGAUUCAUGAUCCUUUUGUAAAUACAACGACCACUACGAACACUUUUGCCUCAGAUGAUCCUCUUAUCUCUUCUACGUCACCUGGAGUAAAUCCGAAGGUUGCACUCGCGAUUGCGGGUAUCGGCUCUGCAAUAUCGCCGCCUCGCACCCCUACUGGGACCCGGAAAAACAAAACGCCCGAUCCAUCCAAAGUCACACUGAGCCUUGAGUUAUCUCGGCAGCUUCUGGCUUGUUUUUGUUGGGUCUUGAAGAACGUGGACGGCUCCGCACUACGUCACUGGGUUCGAGAACUGCCGCCGACACGAUUAACCCAGCUUUUAAAUGUUCUCCAGCUUUCUGUCUCGUGUUUCGAGUACAAGCCCGGAAAAUUUGGGGACGUUGUAACCAAUGGCGUCGAUCCUGACGAAACAUUGACAGAGUGUGUAGUAACACGACGUGACGGUGUCAGAUGGCGGGUAGCACCACCUUCAGCUGGUGAGGCUGACUCGCGCAGGACAAGUUCCCUGUUAUUCGAAGACGAAGCGCUGUUGGAAGCUGCACUUUGCACGGAGGUGGUGUUGUGCGUCUUGGAUACAUUGGAAACGAUCAUUCGAGUGAUUUCUAUGCCUGGCAGCGAUCACUUGCAUUUUGCCUUACCGAUGAUAUUAAGGAGCAUGAUGCAUAUGUUUGCGUGCAAUCAGUCGGUGCAGGCGCUCGAAUGCAUAUUCGUAAGUCAACGCACGCUAGUGAAGAAAUUCUCAGAUGUAAUAUUUGAGCAGGAAGCUGAACAAUGUGGAGAGCUGUGUCUCCAAUUGCUUCGUCACUGUGCCUCUCGACUUCCAGCAGUUCGUUCACAGGCUGCCGCGAGUUUAUAUCUUCUGAUGCGAGAGAGCUAUGAAAAUGGCAGCAGUUUGGCGAGAGUAAAAAUGCAGAUCACAAUGUCACUGUCAACCUUAGUCUCGAAUGCUACUAAGGAAGGUGUUUGGCUGAAUGAAGACUGCUUAAGGAGAAGUCUAAAGACUGUGCUUAUCUACGCAGAAACAGACGCCAACACAGAUUCUCAUACACGUGCGAAUUCGAAUUUUUCGGAGCAGGUGAAAGAUCUUGUCUUGAACAUCCACAUGAUACUGUCGGAUACUGUUAAAUUGAAAGAGUUUGCGAAUGACUUCGAGAUGACAAUAGACCUAAUGUAUCGUGUAGCUAAAGGAUACCAGACAAAUCCGGAUCUGAGGCUGACUUGGUUGCUGAACAUGGCUUCCCGACAUGCUGAUCGUGAGCUCUACUGUGAGGCUGGACAGUGCGUUCUUCACGCUGCUGCUCUUGCUGCUGAAUACUUAGCUAUGAGCACUACUGAUAGUUUUAUGCCUCGUGGAGCAGUCGACUUCGAGCACAUCAGUGACAACAUCCUUGAAGAAAGUGCAGUCAGCGAUGACGUACUGAGUCCUGAUGUGGAAGGAAUUUGCGAGUCUCGUCAUUUCACUGCAGCUGGCUUAGUAAAUCUUGUUGAAAAGUCUAUGACUUUCUUUGAGAAAGCUCAUAUGUAUGAGAUCAUGCCGGAUGUGUUCCGUAUAGUGGAACCUAUCGUGCGUGAUUGGCGUGACUAUCGUCGACUAGGAGCUAUAUACGCUCGACUGAGCGAAGCGCUUAGUAGAAUUGAACCAACUGUUACAAUUACCGAGGAUACUGCCGACGCAUGGCUGUCCCCACUAACGAGUGCUGAUAAACGAUGCUUCGGCACAUAUUUCCGAGUUGGAUUUUAUGGCUCCCGAUUCGGUGAUUUGGACGGAGAGGAGUAUGUCUACAAGGAAGGGCCAUUCACUAAACUUUCCGAAAUAAGUCAUCGUCUUGAAUCGUUUUAUACGGAUCGCUUCGGUAAAGAUGUCGUGGAAGUAAUCAAGGAUUCCAACAAUGUGGUGAGAAGCUCAUUACAACAAUCAAAAGCCUAUCUUCAAAUAACCUAUGUGGAACCCUACUUUGAAAAAUGGGAGAGGAGAAGACGGCUUACACACUUCGAACGUAGUCAUAAAAUUAAGAGGUUCGUUUAUGCAACACCAUUCACUCGCGACGGAAAAGCACACGGUGAUCUGAAGGACCAAUUCAAGCGGCGCACAAUACUCUCUACCCAAUAUAGUUUUCCUUAUGUGAAAACGCGUAUAAAGGUUGUGGAGCGCGAACAAAAAGUUCUGCAGCCAAUUCAAGUGGCUAUCGAUGAUAUCGAGAAGAAAACGAGGGAACUGGCUGCUGCGAUAGCUCAAAAUCCUCCCGACGCAAAGAUGCUGCAGAUGGUGUUACAAGGAUGUAUAGGAACUACAGUUAAUCAGGGCCCUAUUCAGGUAGCCAAUGUGUUCCUAACAGAUGUUGCACUAAAUGAAUUUGGAAAACCUAUAGACAAACUGCAAAACAAACUAAGACUUUGUUUCCGUGAUUUCUCCAAGAAAUGUGCGGACGCACUCACCCUCAACAAGAAUCUCAUUCUUCCGGACCAACUGGCUUAUCAGACCGAAUUACAAAAGAACUAUGUGGAAUUUACUCGUCGAAUGGCUCCAAUCAUCGGUUGCAACGGCAGCCAUCACGAGCGAAAAGAAGUGACCACUCACGCCGAGCAUGCAGUAGCUGUAGCAGCGGAGAUUGGUCCGGUCCACAUAUCAUCGCCGCAGAGAUUUGAUCUCCGUUUCGCAUUGGCGGUCACCCAAAAUGAUAAGCGCGGGAACAAGGGCAGAACUGAUGUCAUUCUCUCUUCUAUGGUCCUCUUGAAAUUUAGCGUUCUGUGCAAGCGCCGUAAACGUUGCGCAUUUGAGAGUGUUUUGAGAAUGCCUAUGCUACCACCGUUCGUCUCGAUCCCGCUGAAUCAGCCAGACGGAGAAGAAGCAGACGACGCCGAAUACAUGUUUAAUCCUGAACUUCUUACUCCAGAAAUAGUUGGUCAGGUACAAAACGGAUUCCUGGUGAGGCCACUCAAGCUCAGCGAUUAUGACAACGGAUUCUUGGGUGUGCUCGCACAACUAACCACUGUCGGUGAGAUAUCUCGUGAGAUAUUCGAGGAGCGUUUUAAAUCGAUGUCUAAAACUCGUCCACUCGCCUACUUCGUUGUUGUUAUAGAAGACUUGAGCACUGGUCGUGUGGUAGCAGCAGCAACAUUGGUGAUUGAAUGGAAGUUCAUCCACGAAGCAGGUUGUCGCGGACGCGUUGAAGAUGUCGUGGUGGACAAAGAAAUGCGUGGAAAGAAGAUGGGUGCUCUUUUAAACAGAAUACUGGUAGCACUUGCAAAACAGAUCGGCGUCUACAAACUAUCACUGGAGUGCAAGGACUCACUUAUUCCUUUUUACGAAUUAUAUGGUUAUCAAAAAGACCUUGGUAACAAUUUCCUUGUUCAGAGAUUUGAUAGGGAUCAAGAAAUUAACGUUCCAUGUGAAGAUAGGCAACCAGUUUCAAAUGACAUGUCAUCGGUCCCCUCAUUGGCUGCUCUAGAUCAUACACAUUUGAAGUGGGACAAGGAGUGGAUGUUCCAUAAGUUGCCUAAGGACAACAUUGAAAUCCCGCGCCAUCAUUUACCCGAUCCUGAAGCGGAAGCUAUCCCUGGUACUAGCAAGCAGGAAUCACUUGCGGAUCUUGAACGCAACUGGCUUGACUCUGUUUUCGUCUUUCAUUCUGUCCUAGUACAUUUCUUCUGUUUGGUCAUGGGAAACGAACAAAGCGGUUCUGGUUCGUCUCCGCAAGGCCCAUCUAAUUCUACAUUUUCGUUUCUUUCAGGAAGAGGGGUGAACUCCAAGAAGUCUAAAGGCAUUGUGGUGGUCAGCGGCGGAAAUUCGAAAGUCGAAACUGUGGAAGAUGACGAGAUUUAUAAAAGAUUUCAAGAAAUUCCUCGCUUUCUGCCCAUCUUUCGGCACGCUAUCGGAAAGAAAGACCUUUCCCCCAGUGAGUACCAGCAGCGUAUGAGCAGUCGACCUUUGUACAAGAUGGCCACGCGCUUUCAGCAACACUUGAAAAUAUGCGCUAAAGCAAUAUCAGCGGAACAAACUCAGAUCACUUCUUCAAUUAAAGCUGUGGAAGCGUCAGCGGCUUUGUUGACUACCGCAUUGACUGAAAAGAAGAAAGCGAGUGAUAAUUUCGUUACGGAGUUACAAACUUUGGAUAAGUUGCGCGAUGACAUUCUACACAUACAGUUAAUGCUUGAAGAACUGGUUCCAAUGGCAGAGACUUUGAACGAGUUGUUGGUGCCCUCGGAUCGCCUUCCCCCACUCUCAUUAAGUCGUGUUCUCGAACGUACCCCUGUAUCUACCUCGGCCAGUUCGUCACAACAAAGCACACCAAAACAUGUGACUUCGACUUCAUUACGGUCUUCGUUAUCGAUAUCAUCUCGGGAAGACCGUUCUCAUAUCGCUCCAAUCGAGGAAGUUCGAGUUGUGGACAGGACUGCAUGA